AUGCUGAGCAUCACACUGCACAUCCUGAGGAACAUGAAGCAGACAGAACUCGCUAACAAACUACAGAGCAGAGUAGCUCCUGCAUGUCAACAAAAGCUCAAAUCCAAACUGAGAGAUAAAUAUCAGAGCAUUAAUGAAGGAAUCUCCGGCCAUGGAAACUCAGCACUUCUGAAUGAGAUCUACACUGAGCUCUACAUCACAGAGGGAAGGGGAGGAGAUGUCAAUCCUGAACAUGAGGUAAAACAGAUUGAAGCUGCAUCCAGGAAAAAAACUAAACAAGAGGAACCAAUCAAUUGCAAUGACAUAUUUAAACCCUUACCAGAACAGAACCGGCCCGUCAGAACUGUACUGACUAAAGGAGUUGCUGGAAUUGGAAAAACAGUCUCUGUGCAGAAGUUCAUUCUGGACUGGGCUGAAGGAGAAGUAAACCAGGAUGUUCUCUUCAUAUUUCCACUUCCUUUUAGAGAUCUGAAUCUGAUGAAGGAGAAGAAGCUCAGUCUGGUGAAUCUUCUUCAGAGCUUCUACCCAGAAACACAAGAUUUAAAACCAAGACAUUAUAAGAGCUACAAGGUCAUGUUCAUCUUUGAUGGUCUGGACGAGUGUCGACUGCCUCUGGAUUUCCAGAACAAUGAGAACUUGGAAGAUAUAGAAGAACAAACCUCAGUGGAUGUUCUGCUGACAAACCUCAUCAAGGGGAAUCUGCUUCCCUCUGCUCUCCUCUGGAUCACCUCUCGACCAGCGGCGGUCAGUCAGAUCCCUCCUGAGUGUGUUGACCAAGUAACAGAAGUGCAGGGUUUCAGUGACCCUCAGAAACAGGAGUACUUCAGGAAUAGGAUCAGUGAUCCGGACCUAGCCAACAAAGUCUUCACACACAUUAGGUCUUCAAGAAGCCUCUACAUCAUGUGUCACAUACCAGUCUUCUGCUGGAUUACAGCCACUGUUCUAAAGAGAAUGCUGAGUGAAACUGAGAGUGGAGAAAUCCCCAAAACCCUGACACAAAUGUUCACACAUUUCCUGAUCUUUCAGAUCAAACACAAGAGCCAGAAGUAUAGUGGGAAAAGUGACACUGAUCCUCAGCAGACUAGAGAAAGUAUUCUGGCUCUGGGGAAACUGGCUUUCCAGCAGCUGGAGAAAGGUAACCUGAUCUUCUAUGAGGAAGAUCUAAGAGAGAGUGGCAUUGAUGUUAGAGAAGUGUCAGUGUACUCAGGAGUGUGCACCCAGAUCUUCAGAGAGGAACAUGAGCUGCACCUGGGAAACGUCUUCAGCUUUGCACAUUUAAGUGUUCAGGAGUUCCUUGCUGCUUUAUAUGCAUUUCUCAACAGAAAACUUCCAAAAGAACAAUCCCCUGAACAACAACCCAGUAAACUCUUCAAGCUUUUUAGCAGGUCAACGAUGACUGACUUCCUCAACAGUGCGGUGGACAGAGCCUUACAGAGUGAGAGUGGACACCUUGACCUGUUUCUUCGUUUCCUUCUGGGUCUCUCACUGGAGUCUAAUCAGAAUCUGUUACGAGUCAUAUUGACCACAACAGAGAGGAGCCCUCACAACAACGAGACAGUCAAAUACAUCAAGAAGAAGAUUGCGGAGAACUCCUCUCCAGAGAAAUCUAUUAAUCUGUUCCACUGUCUAAAUGAACUGAAUGAUCACUCUCUAGUGCAGGAAGUGCAGAAAUACCUGAGUGGAGGCAGUGACCAUCAUCUUCAUCAGGCCAGCCUUUCUCCUGCUCAGUGGUCAGCUCUGGCAUUUGUGUUGGUGAACUCAGAAGAAGAGCUGGAGGAGUUUGACCUUAGCAAAUACGAUCCAUCAGAGGAGUGUUUUCUGAGGCUGCUUCCAGUAGUCAGAAUAUCCAGAAGAGCUGUACUAGCUUCAUGCAAUAUUGGAGUAAAGACUUGUGAAUCUCUGGUAUCAGUGUUUAACCUGGAAAAAUCCUCCUUGAAAGAGCUGGACCUCAGUAAUAAUGAGCUGCAGGACUCAGGAGUGGAGUUGCUCUCUGAUGGACUGAAGAGUUCACAGUGUAAACUGCAGAUUCUCAGACUAGCUUCAUGUAAUCUUGGAGGAAAAAUAUGUGAAUCUUUGAGAACAGUUUUAAAGCUGGAAAAAUCCUCCCUGAAAGAGCUGGAUCUGAGUUACAAUGACAUAAAAGAUUCAGGAGUUGAGCUGCUUUCUGCUGGACUGAAGAGUUCACAGUGUAAACUGCAGAUAAUCAGACUCGCUUCAUGUUAUCUUGGACCAAAGACUUGUGAAAAUCUGGGAUCAAUUUUAAAGCUGCAAAACUCCUCCCUGAACGAGCUGGACCUCAGUAACAAUGACCUGCAGGAUUCAGGAGUAGAGCUGCUCUCUGCUGGACUGAAGAGUUCACACUGUAAACUGCAGAUUCUCAGUCUAGCUUCUUGUACCCUUGGAGUAAAGACAUGUAAAUCUCUGGGAUCAGUUUUAAAGCUGGAAACCACCUUCCUGAAAGAACUGGACCUCAGUAAUAAUGGCCUGCAGGAUUCAGGAGUGGAGGAGCUCUCUGAUGGACUGAAGAGUUCACAUAGUAAACUGCAGAUUCUCAGACUAGCUUCAUGUUAUCUCGGAGGAAAGACAUGUGAAUCUCUGGGAUCAGUUUUCAAGAUGGAAAACUCCUCCCUGAAGAAGCUGGACAUCAGUAAUAAUGACCUGCAGGAUUCAGGAGUGGAGCUGCUCUCUGCUGGAUUGAAAAGUUUGAACUGUAAACUGCAGAUUCUUAGACUAGCUUCAUGUAAUCUUGGAAUAAAAGCGUGUGAACAUCUAGGAUCAGUUUUAAAGCUGAAAAACUCGACCCUGAAAGAGCUGGAUCUCAGUAACAAUGACCUGAAUGAUUUAGGAGUAAAGUUGCUCUCUGCUGGACUGAAGAAUUCAAACUGUAAACUGCAGAUUCUCAGUUUAUCUGGAUGUAUGAUCACAGAAAAAGGUUGUCGUUCUCUGGCUUCAGCUCUGAGUUUAAACCCCACCUACAUGAAAGCACUGGAUCUAACCUACAAUUACCCAGGAGAGUCAGGAGUUAAUGUGCUGUCAGCCAGACUGAAGGAUCCACACUGCAAACUGGAGACACUCAGAGUGGAACAUGGAGGGAAAAUCAGAAUCAAACCUGGAUUUAAAAAAUGGUUCUGUGAUUUCACACUGGAUCCAGACACAGCACACCCUCACCUCUCUCUGAGGGAGAAGAACAGGACUGUGGAAUAUGGGGAGGAGCUGCAGUCAUAUCCUGAUCACCCAGAGAGGUUUGAUAGGUGGCUGCAGGUUCUGAGUAGAGAGAGAGUUACUGGGCGCUGUUACUGGGAGGCUGAGUGGAGCGGAGAAGAAGCUGCUGUAGCUCUGAGUUAUAAAACCAUCAGCAAGAAAGGGGACGGAUCAGACUGUGGGUUUGGACGGAAUAUGAACUCAUGGAUGCUGAUCUGCUCUGACAACAGAUACUCUGUUCUUCACAAUAAUAACAGAACUGAUAUCCCCCCUCCUCCCUCCGGCUGUAGGAGAGUAGGAGUGUAUGUGGACUGUCCUGCCGGCACUUUGUCCUUCUACAGCGUCUCCUCUGAUACACACUCACACACACACUCACCCACACCCACUUUUACACCCUCACACACACCCUCACACACUCUCACACACUUACACACAUUCUACACCACCUUCACUCAGCCCCUCUAUGCAGGGUUUGGGAUUUUUACUGGCUCCCCAGUGCAUCUGUGUAAAACAGAAUAACCGAAUAUUUACUUUACAGGAGUUAACAGGCUAAAACUAGUGGAGCUAGGCUCUACUUUACAGGAGCUAAUAGGCUAAAGCCAGUGCAGCUGGACUCUACUUUACAGGAGCUAAUAGGCUAAAGCUAGUGCAGCUAGGCUCUACUUUACAGGAGCUAAUAGGCUAAAGCUAGUGGAGCUAGGCUCUACUUUACAGGAGUUAAAAGGCUAAAGCUAGUGGAGCUAGGCUCUAUUUUACUAGUAUCUGCUUUACGGGUGCUAAUAGGCUAAAUCUACUGCAGCUAGGCUCUAAUUUACAGAAGCUAAUAGGCUAAAGCUUGCAGAGCUAGGCUCCACUUUACAGGAGCUAAUAGGUGAAAGCUAGUGGAGCUAGGCUCUACUUUACAGGAGCUAAUAGGCUAAAGCUAGUGCAGCUAGGCUCUACUUUACAGGAGCUAAUAGGCUAAAGCUAGUGGAGCUAGGCUCUUCUUUACAGGAGUUAACAGGCUAAAGCCAGUGGAGCUAGGCUCUACUUUACAGGAGUUAACAGGCUAAAGUUAGUGGAGCUAGGCUCUACUUUACUGCAGCUAAUAGGCUAAAGCUAGUGCAGCUAGGCUCUACUUUACAGGAGCUAAUAGGCUAACACUAGUGGAGCUAGGCUCUACUUUACAGGAGCUAAUAGGCUAAAGCUAGACCAGCUAGGCUUUACUUUACAGGAGCUAAGAGGCUAAAGCUAAAGCAGCUAGGCUCUACUUUGAAGGAGCUAAGUGGCUAAAGCUAGUGGAGCUGGGCUCCACUUUACAGGAGCUAAUAGGCUAAAGCUAAUGAAGGCUAGGCUCUGCUUUUCAGGAGCUAAUAGGCUAAAGCUUGCGGAGCUAGGCUCCACUUUACAGAAGCUAAUAGGCUAAAGCUAGUGCUGCUAGGCUCUACUUUACAGGAGCUAAUAGGCUAAAGCUUGCAGAGCUAGGCUCCACUUUACAGGAGCUAAUAAGCGAAAGCUAGUGGAGGUAGGCUCUAUUUUACAGGAGCUAAAAGGCUAAAGCUAACGCUGCUAGGCUCAACUUUACAGGAGUUAACAGGCUAACGCUAGUGGAGCUAGGCUGCAGCUAGGUUCCUCUUUACAGGAGCUAAUAGGCUAAAGCUAGUUCAGCUGGGCUCCACUUUAUAGGAGCUAAUAGGCUAAAGCUAGUGCAGCUAGUCUCUACUUUACAGGCUAAAGCUAGUGGAGGAUAGGCUCUCUGUUUUUAUCUAUGAAAUGUCCAGAGGGGGAGAUGGGCUCACUAUGUUUAUAGAUUAUUUCCCAGUAGAACAGGAACUUGUUGGUCAGAGAGUUUAUCAGAUAUUUUUUUAUUUUAAAUGAACAUUUUAAAAAACAUACAUGUUGCCUUGAUUAUUAAAAGACAAAAGUUGAUAUAGCAAACCGAAGAACUGAAGCCAUUUAAGUUUUAAUAUUCUACUCAUUAUCUACUGCUUUUAUUCUUCUUUAUAAUGUUUAACAUUUCUCCUCUCCAGAUUUUUCCAUAUGAAUUUGAAGCUUAUUGUGCUGUAAUUUUAAACAGGUGCUGGUUAGCUAUCUUCCAAAAUUAAAUACCUUUACUGUAGAGCUCUCUCUUUUUUGUGUAAUUGAGUUGUGUAAUAUAUUGUGUACAACUGGUAUAAUAUAUCAAUUCAGUACAGAAUGUAACACUAGCUUGACUCUAAAACACAUAUUGUUAUUUAUUAUGAACAAAGAAAGAAAUAAAAAACAAUCUAUGCACAAACACAAA